AUGUCCGAAAGAAAGGCAAUAAACAAGUACUAUCCACCCGAUUAUGACCCAUCCAAGGUUGUUAAAAAGAAAAAGAAUCCAAAUCAAACAAUAAAGAUCCGUAUGAUGGCACCGUACUCAAUGAGGUGUCUAAGAUGUAACGAAUACAUUGCAGAGAGACGAUCAUUCAAUGCCAGAAAAGAGGUGACUUCAGAGCGGUAUUUGAAUAUCAAGAUCGUCCGGUUCUACAUUACGUGUCCUGGCUGUAAUAACACAAUCACUUUCAAGACAAACCCCGCAGAAGCAGGCUACACUCCAGAGGAUGGAGCUGUACGAAACUUUGAACCAUCAAAGAAGCAAAAGAGGAAACACGAGUCGGAGGAUGAGUUGUUGCAGCGAUUGCAAAAUGAAGAAGAAAAGGACAAAAAGUAUCAGCUAUUGAUGAAGAAGCGCAAGACCAAUCCGUUUUGGAAGGAGCAGGAUGCAAGUGGCGGUGAUGUUAUGGAGAAAUUUGAAAAGAGAUUGGUUGAACAACAGCGACAACAAGAGUUGACAGCGGAGCUUGAGGCAAUUCAGAAACAGGUUGAUAACUCGAAAUCAAAAAGUGGUGAUGAAGUGUUGUCGAAUUUGCUUGAAAGGAAAGAGGAUGAUGCAAGAACAGACGAAACGGAUGGCAGUGAGUCUGAGGAGAAUGAUGAGGCAGGUUUGGAGAAAAUUGAUGACGCAGCUAGAGCGCAGAAAAGUGAGACAACAACAGAACAGAAAGGAGAGAAAACACCAGAUCGAAGAGCAAAAUCUAACCCAACACCUUUAAAGAUACCCUCCAAAAUCAUCGUUAGAAAAAAACCCAAUGCUAUACCAAACUUGGACUACAGUAGCGACAGCGACUAG